AUGAGUACCACUGACCCAGCAGCGGCCGCACCCGCCAAAACAGCACCCACCUUCGACAUAGUCGCGACCUACCGCCGCAUCCUCCAAGAUGACCCGGAACUCACCAUGCCCGUAGCAGCCAUCGAAUCGCUCGUAGAAGCCAUCUCACAAAGUAGCGUCUCCACGGUAGCCGAAACGCUCGACCUCCUCGAACGCCACACAUCCGCCCUAAAAGCCUCCAUCGCGAACCCAAUCUCCCUCUCCGCCGGCACCGACCUCUUCCAACGAUACCUAAUCACAACCCUGAACCGCCCCGCGAGUCUAAACCUCGGCCCCGACGACGACUUCCGCGCAAUUCGCAACCACCUACUUUCGAACGGCAAGCUCUUCGUGGACCGCGCCAAGCAAAGCCGCGAGAAAAUUGCUAGUUUCGGUAAACAUUUCAUUCGCGAUGGGGCUACCGUGCUUACGAACGGGGGGUCGCGCGUUGUAGGCGCUUUAUUGCGUCGAGCUGCUGAGUCAAGCACGCUCCGGUUUAAAGUCAUCUACGUACUGCCGGCCUCCAACUCGCUCGAUUCGAAAGAAGGAUUGCAAACGGUGUCGGACCUACGCGAACACAAUGUCCCCGUUGCUACGAUCCCCGAUUCUGCAGUCGCGUACUCGCUGGGCAAAGUCGACAUGGUAAUCGUUGGUGCUGAAGGCGUUGUAGAAAACGGAGGCAUCAUUUCGCGCAUGGGGACGUACCAACUCGGCGUGCUGGCGAAGAGCAAAGGAAAACCGUUUUAUGUGGUCGCCGAGAGUCAUAAGUUUGUGAGGUUGUAUCCGCUUAGUCAGUUUGAUCUGCCCAUGGAACAGAACGUGUUGGAUUUCAAGGUUGCGGAGGGGCAGGUGCAGGGGCUGGGACUGCAGCUGGGGGGUAAGGAUGAGGAGGCCGAGGGCAAGGCCGAGGAGGAACAGGGGAAUGUUUUUGACGAGGCGAUUGCGGAUAUGACGGCGAAGCAGACGACAGGGACUGUUAAGCCGCUUGAGGCUCAUGAUGCUGUUGAUGUUACUCCACCCGACCUCAUCUCCGGUAUAAUAACCGAAUCCGGUGUCCUCACCCCCUCAGCUGUAUCUGAGGAAUUGAUUAAAAUCUGGUUUUGA